GCGCGGAUACUGUCAGGUAAAGAGCUGCCGUCUCUCGGUGAGUUGCAGGCAAUGCAAGGAACAGAUUUACUGUAGCAAUAUUCCGAGAUGAGAUCCUUUAUACAAACAGAUUAACUAUGUUCACAUAACUUGGAUCCAGCCUCGGAGUUCAUCAGCGAACGUGGGCGAACAGACCGCUGGAAUUAACGGGAAGCUCAGUCGUCGUCAGCUGGCCGGGGGAAAAGCCGAUCAUACCACCCGGCUUCCGGGGAUUCAGGGGCCGCAUCGGUUGACGGCAGACGUCGGUCUGUAGCUCCGGGGGGGGGGGGAAGACGGGCGAAUAUUCACAUCAUCGCCGACAUCCACCUCUUCGUUUCAUCCACUUUCGAGAUGUCGAGAAAGCUACAAAGAACAGAAGUCUGCGCUGACUGCAGUGCGCCAGACCCGGGCUGGACCAGUAUCAACCGAGGGGUCCUGAUUUGUGAUGAAUGCUGUUCGGUCCACCGCAGUUUAGGCCGCCAUAUCUCCAUAGUCAAGCACCUGAGGCACAGCGGAUGGCCUCCCUCCCUACUGCAGAUGGUUCAGACCUUGGCCAGUAACGGGGCCAACUCCAUAUGGGAACACAGUCUCCUGGACCCGGCUCAGGUGCAGAGUGGCCGCAGGAAACCGAACCCCCAGGACAAAGUCCAUCCCACCAAGUCAGAGUUCAUCAGAGCCAAAUACCAGAUGCUCGCAUUCGUGCACAAGCUGCCCUGUCGUGAUGACGACGGCGUCACCACUAAAGAUCUCAGUAAGCAACUUCAUUCAAGCGUGCGGACGGGGAGUUUAGAGACGUGUCUUCGGCUCCUGUCCCUCGGCGCUCAGGCCAACUUCUUCCACCCGGAGAAAGGCACUACCCCACUUCAUGUGGCAGCCAAGGCAGGGCAGAUCUUGCAGGCUGAGCUGCUCGUGGUGUAUGGUGCAGACCCUGGAUCGCCUGACAUUAACGGACGCACACCUAUGGACUAUGCUAGGCAGGCGGGCCAUAUAGAGCUAGCAGAGCGUCUGGUAGAGUGUCAGUAUGAGCUGACGGACAGGUUAGCCUUCUACCUGUGCGGUCGGCGUCCAGAUCACAAGAAUGGCCACUAUAUCAUUCCUCAAAUGGCAGACAGUGUUCUGACCACAGGGUGGCACCAAAGCCCCCACAAAGGAGUUAGUCUGGACCUCUCAGAACUGGCCAAGGCUGCCAAGAAGAAGCUCCAAGCGCUCAACAAUCGGCUGUUUGAGGAGCUAGCAAUGGACGUCUAUGACGAGGUGGAUCGCAGAGAAAAUGAUGCAGUGUGGCUUACGACCCAGAACCACAGCACUCUGGUAACAGAACGCAGCGCAGUCCCUUUCCUACCAGUCAACCCUGAAUACUCUGCAACGCGCAACCAGGGCCGCCAGAAGCUCGCCCGUUUCAACGCCCGGGAGUUUGCUACCCUCAUCAUCGACAUCUUGAGUGACGCCAAAAGGAGACAGCAGGGAAAAGGUCUUAGCCCUACUGACCCGCUGGACCUGGGCAUCGAUGAUGACCAGCACGACUACGACAGUGUAGCUUCUGACGAGGACACAGACAGCGAGCUCACCACCCAGAACAACAACAACACGCAACGUAGCAACCGUGCAAAGAGUAUGGACUCCUCAGACUUGUCAGAUGGUCCCAUCACCCUGCAGGAGUAUCUGGAGGUGAAGAAGGCUUUGGCCUCCUCAGAAGCUAAGGUGCAGCAGCUGAUGAAGGUUAACAACAACCUGAGCGAGGAGCUCCGGCGGCUCCAGAAGGAGAUCACCCGGAUGCAGACAGAGAACAGUGCGCUACGGAGGGGCCAGCAGGCUGGGGGAGCAGCUGGCCAUGGGGUAGGGGGACCUGGUGGAGGUGGGGGAACAGGAGGCCACUGGGCAGUGGGUGGGAUGCGAGGUGGAGUGGGUGGAUUUGGGCCAGGAGGGGACCCACCGGUGCUUUCGGUGCCCUCCUCAGCCACCCCCCACUCCCACCCUCACCGGAGGGAACGCCAGGCCUUCUCAAUGUACGAGCCAGGGGCGGCCCCCGGCCCCACGGCCCACGGUCCCCCAGUCCUGGACUCCCUAGUGCCCCGCCUGCAGCCCCUCAACACAGCCAGCGUAAGGAAGGGCGGCUCAGGGAGUCCAUAUCUGUCUGGAUCUGCAGAGAUGGGUAGAUACAUGGUCCCUAAACCAGAGAAGCACGGCAGUGGCACCGACAGCGACUACGACAACACACAACUGUACGACGCCUCAGUAAGUAUGGGCCGCAGCAGUGAAGAGGAAGGCCGUGGGGAGCCUGAGGAGGGUGGGGAGGGGGGUGAGCCAGACCCCACCUUACCCUGCACAGAGGACGUCAUACUGAAGACUGAGCAGGUGACUAAGAACAUCCAGGAGCUGCUCAGGGCCGCUCAGGAGUUCAAACACGACAGUUUUGUGCCGUGUUCUGAGAAGAUCCACUCUGCUGUCACAGAGAUGGCUUCACUCUUCCCCAAACGACCGGCACUGGAUGCAGUCCACUGUUCUCUCCGCCUGUUGGCUUCCAGUGCCUCACGACUGCAGGUGGAGUGCCGUAAGGCGGCGCCUUCGGAGCCUGGCGCUCCUGCAGUAGACUACCAGCUUCUCACUCAGCAGGUCAUCCAGUGCGCCUACGACAUCGCCAAGGCUGCCAAGCAACUGGUCACAAUCACCACUCGUGAGAAGAAACAGUGACCCGACAAAAGAAAGAGAGAGGAUCAGUGCAUGUGCGGUUUAAAGUGGGAUGGGAGGGGGCUUCCGGGAGAGGGAGAAAGAGGGAGGGGCAGGGGGUGGGAGGGGAGUACGAUCACACUACAAGAUGAAGGGUAAGGAAUUGAAGUGACGGGGGAGCAAGGCUGACAUGAGGAAGAGAAAAGAGAAAGGAAGGGAUUUGGAUGGAAGCAAAGCAGAGGACGUUUGUAUGAUAGAAACACUACAGUGAAUGGAAAAAAAUUCCACAGGUGUGGAAGCGAAAGUAGGGAAGGACGAAAGGAAGGAGCCAACACGGGAACCACAGCCCGCAGGGACCUUAGCAGACUGUUGGAAUGGGAUGUGUACCAUAAACUGCUCAAACUGUGACGAGCACACGUGUCAUAGACUGCUUUAUUUAUUCUCACUUGUAACUCAUCGUCCCUCCUUCUCCCGCUUCGGGAGGGAGGCAGCGUAUGCUCCGAGAGAGAAGUAGAUAGAACAGCCUCCACACCAUCGCCGUCCCUCCGUCCUUACGAGGAAUCGGGUUGUCCUUCCUCCUCUUCUUUCCUCUCUCUAAAGAAGAGGGACCCCGCACCCCCACGCUGUCCCAGGCUGGAUGAGCGUCCGGUGCAGAGAAGGACCUGCAGCCCACUCAGUCUGAUUCCCACACUUCCUUCCACAUGGGGGUAAGCAUUUACAGGAGGGGCUCCAGCUUUUUUUUUUUUCUUUUUUUCUUUUUAUUAAACCCAUCACCUUCCCUUUCUUUUGGUGGUACACAGCAUGAUCUGGCAUGUUUUCCUUUCUUUCCUCUCCUUUUUUUGCCUUUUGAAUGUGCAGGUCUGUUUGGUCUGACAGAAAUACUUUUUUUUUUUUUUUUUUUUU